CUCCAAGGAAACCACCAGUGCCUCCCUUGAGCUAUAUACGACAGCAGCAAAGCAGGAACUUGCCAGGGUUUUGACCUGCCAUGUACCAAAUCCACAAUGAAGCCCUCAUGCUUCACUGACAGCUGAAGAUGUUGUCCUGACCAAACUUAAGAAGAAGAAGCAGCCCAGCUUGAAAUCCACCAAAAUGCUCUCAACAAGAAAGGAAAGUGUAACUUCGCCCAGUCUGGAAGAUUCGUUCUUUCCCUUCUCAUCAUCCACUCCUAUUUCCCGGCAUCGCAUCAUGGGCCAAGGGGUCAGAACAAACAGCCUGCUGGGAUCCCACACAGACCAUGAGAGCAGCUCGACCAUGCUGGAGAAGGAUCUCAUCCUGGCAGCUGAGGUGGGGCAGGCUCUUCUAGAGAGGAACGAGGAGCUGGAAGCACAGCUGGAACAGCUGAGAAGAGAUGUAGAAGCAUUGCAGCAGGAGAAGCACACUCUACAGAGACGGCUGGAGGUGCACGAACUAGAGGCAGGGCAGCGGGAGGCAGAGCUGCAGGCUGAUAUCACUUCACUACGACAACAGUUCGAUCAGCAUCAUAACCAGGGUCGAGACCGACGGCGAGAAGAAAAUGAGCAGCUCACCCAGCUGUCCAAUCACAAUCAAAAGCUUGUUGAGCAGUUGGCCGAGGCAGUGACGUUGGAGCACACUCUGCGCCUUGAGCUGCGCUCACUAAGAGAGGAAAUGGAGGACACAAGUUUCAGCAGGUCAAUAAGCUCCGCUCGCUUGGACAGUCUGCAAGCAGAGAAUCGACUCCUGAAAGAGCGAUGCUCCAACAUGGAAAAGCGGCUGAAAUCAGCUGAUCAGGACAACGAGCGGAUUAGGAUGGAGAGGGAUGGACUGCGUGCAAGACUCCUUGAACUACAGACCAGCCUGGAGGAAAAGGAGAGCGAGCUGGAGCAGCACCAGAGUGAGGGGUUCCAGUUGCGCACCAUGAACCGGAGCCUCCAGCAGAAGGUCCAGGCAUUCGGAGAAGAGGCCAGUCUCGAGGAGAUGACAUGUUUCCCUCUGUCCCUCCAGAAUGAACUGCAACAGUCUCAGGCCAAAGAAAGCAUCCUAGCCCAUUCUUCUGUCCUGCAGGAGAAGGAGGAAGAAAUAGAAAGGCUAAAGAAAGAGCUCGAAUCCAGCCAGGAUGAAUUAGUGACAGUAAGAGCGGAACUGAAGCUGUUCAGCGAUCCCAGCAAACCACCAUACAGUGCUUUGGAGGAAGAGCUGGCGUCGGCCCGGCAGGAACGCGACACACUCAACCAGCAGCUCCUGAACACCAUCAGACACAAGGUGGCGCUCUCACAGGAAGUCGAAUCGUGGCAGGAGGACAUGCGCCUGGUGAUAUGCCAGCAGGUGCAGCAACAGGUACAAGAGAGGGAGAAAGCAAAGGAGAAGGAGAAGGAGAUGGAGAAGACAGCAUCGCCUCUGCAAAGAAACAGUCGCAUUAGCAAGUCUUUCCGUUUAUCAAGGGAGGAGGGAAAGAAGAAUUUCUUUGCUUCUUUCUUUGGUGGAGAAUUAAAGAAAAGUUGACGAUGAUGGAAAAAAAACAAAAACAAGGCUAAAGACUUUUCAAUUCAAUUGUAUUUAUAUAGCGCUUUUACAGUCCAUCCAGGACUGUAAAUAAUAUAAAGCAGACUAAACAUAGUGAAUAACAAGUGUGAUAUUUUUUCUCACACCAUAUUUAUUUUGUCUACAUCCAUUCUUGUUGUAUAAUAUAUGAC